AUGAAUAACAAAGUGCGAAAAAACAUAGAAAACCACAUUUUAGAAGCACUGAGAGAUAAGGAAAACGAAAUAGACCUCGAAAUUAAAAGGUAUGAAACUCUGGAAAAAAAAAUAUAUGAUGAAAAUGAUGAAGAGCUGGAAUUUAUAAAAAAUAAAAGGCUACAAGAACUUAAAAAUAAACAUAAUGAAAACUUAAUUUUGUUAAAAAAAGGUCAUGGAAUAUAUAAAGAAAUUUUAUCAGAAAAAGAAUUUUUUGAAAUAUGCAAGAGUUCAAAAAAUGUAUGCUGUCAUUUUUAUAGGAAUACAACAUGGAGGUGUGAAUAUUUAGAUAGCAAAUUGAUUAGUAUGUCCAAAAAAUUCUUACAUAUUAAUUUUGUAAAAAUAAAUGCAGAGAAAUCUCCUUUUCUUUGUGAACGAUUAAAAAUAUGGUGUAUACCAACCUUGAUGCUCAUACAAAAUGGAAAAACUGAGCAUUCCAUAAUCGGUUUUGACGAAUUAGGAGGUGAUAAUUUUUCAGAGAAAUCUCUAAUUAAUGUUUUAAGAAAGUGGAAAUUAAUUGAUUCGGCAGAACCUGAGGAUUGA